AUGUCACAUUCUAGUCCUCUCGUCCCCACGUGGCAAGGCCACAUUGCGUCGACACUUGAUGCUCUCCUACUUUUCGAAGCCGCCUUGAGCGGCCGUAUCAACCACGUCCCUCGCCGCCCGCACGACAGGGAGCGUCAGGAGCUCAUCAAGAGCGGCAGCGUCUUCAUCUACGAGGAGCACGCAUCUGGCAUCAAGCGUUGGACCGAUGGUGUGUCAUGGAGCCCAAGCAGGAUUCUGGGAAACUUUCUCAUUUAUCGGGAACUGGACAAGCCCUUUCCACCCGGUGAGAAGAAGCGCGCCAUUCGCAGGAAACGAGUGGCCGCUGGCUCGUCUGCCGGCGUGACCAAGACCGAAAGCACCUCGCGCUCGGGCAAUGGCGGCUUCCUCUCACAUGCGUCGGACAACACCAAGGACAUCGAACGCUCGCUUAUCGGAUCGCUGGUGGACUCGUAUCCGUUCAAAGACAGCGGCCUUGUCAAGAAGACCAUCAGCAUCACCUAUCACGGCAUCCCGCACCACCUUGUCAGCUACUACAGCGUCGAGGACGUCCUUCAAGGAAGCCUCGUCACCCCAUCCAGGGAUAACAUGUUGAGGGACAUUGUCCCCCGUGUCGAGCUCAUGACGUCUCAAAAUUUCCGAGCCCCCGUCGAUGAGAUUGAGUACAAUCCAGACGGGACGCCAACUCUCCUGUCUGUGCACGGGAGCAUGGGCGAGUACUCGGGCUCUGGCAGCAUCCUCCAAAGGGCUUGGAGUGGCUCCAUGCAGCCCAUGUCGGGCCCUCCAUACUCUGCUCCCCAAGCAGCACCUUUUCACUUUUCCCACAGCCAGCAGUCGCCUUAUGGGAGCCAAUUGGCCCACGCCAUGUCUCACCCCAUGGCCUCACCGAUGCCGCCGCCACUGCCUUCCUCAAUGUCGCUUCCGGUCCCGGCUUCCAUCCCUCCGCCAAGCUCGGCGGGCAUGCCGUUCGCUCCACACUCUCAGGGCAACUACGCCCUCGACCCCAAUCGCGCAGAGCGUCUCGGUGGUUCUGGAUCAGGCAUCGGCAGCGAGUUUCCUCGGAAUAUGCCCACGCAGAGCGCCCCGCGACGACACUCGGCCUUCGAUGCAGCUGGAUCGGCGACUGACUUGGCGGGCUUGCCUCUGGGGCCGAUGGGCGAGGCCCGCGCUGUCGUCGGCGGCGGCGGCGCGUACAUGCACCCGCCGCAAUCGCAGUAUCUCCUUGCUCACAGGCCCUCUUCGUUGCCCAACCACGACAACCAGCUUUACCCGUCGUCGCGCGAGGUCAAGGUUGAGGCGAGCGCCAUGGGCGGUGAUGAUGGCGGCACGCACCCGUACGGGCUCGAUGAUUCGGGCGGCGCUUGGGGCUUCGAAUCCAUGGACGGUUCCCAGGACCAGCAGUUUUACGGCGGCCAGUAA